UGAAGUAUGAUCAAAUUCAUUUUCAAAUUCAUUUUAAGGGUUUUCUUUUUCUUUUUGAAUUUCUUUUUCAGUAUGAUCAAAUUCAUUUUCAAAACCCCAGAACAAUAAAAGCAGAGAGCAAUGCCUUUCCUUUCCUCCUUUCCCUUUCAAAAGCAAAAGAAAGGCGUUCUUAUAGGUAACAGGCUGGCAACUCUUGUUGGUACGUAGGAUCCAUCAGGCUGGGCAAAUUCAGCCCAAUAUUUACCACUGAUUUAACUUUUUUUUCUCCUCGAUUCCUCGUUUCUUUGUUAGUUGUUUUGUCGUAAACUUCCCUGACGUGGCACAAAUCCUUGUCUUUUGUCAAAUUUCAAUGGCACCAUCACUUUCUUCGAACCUGGAAGACAAAAAAGGGUAAAGUAUGGAAGCCUUGAAAUGCCCUUGACCUUAAGUGCUUGCUGCUUGCUCCUCGUCUUACGUCCCUGCAAAAAUUUUCAAGUUAUGGCAAAUUGGUCUCAACUCCCACCAGAACUUCUAACUCUAAUAGCUAAACGCCUUGAAACCCGUUUUGAUGUUCUCCGAUUCCGAUCUGUCUGCUCUUCAUGGCGCUCCGCUUUUCCACCAAAAGUGUUCCCCUUACCCAAAUAUCUCCCUUCAAAAACCAAAGGUAGAUGUGAUUACUCACUCAGCCAUAUUACCAGACACACCUUUUUCCUUGUUAGAUUGCCUGGGAGCCAAAAUCAUCAAACAGCCCCGGGUUGUUGGUUGGUCAAAAUCAGAGAUGGUACCGACCGUGUCAGAAUGCGAUUGUUGCAUCCUCUUUCAGAUUCUGAGUUGAAACCUCUUCCAGUUCCAAUCAAUUUUCCCAAGGUAUUGGAUUUAACGAACUGUCAGGUCAUUGAAUUGGGUCAUGAAUUUGUUGGUCGGUAUGAUGUAUAUAUCGAUCAUCCCCUAGAGCCUCAAGCCCGAGACUACAGAGAAAAAGUCGCCAUCACGUGGUCUAGUACCAACAGUGAUGAUUUUAUGAUUGUCGCCUUAUUUCGCUUCUUUGUCCAGUACUUGGCUUUUCUGAGGCCGGGAGACAAGGAAUGGACUCUAUCUGAAAUUGUGUGCGGUGUUCAGGAUAUUAUUUCCUUUAAUGGAAAGUUCUAUGCUAUUGAGCGAGGAGGAAGAACGAUAGUCGUUGACCAAUCUUUAAGCGCUAGCUUCCUAGAACAUGUUGGCUCUCCCACUAGCAGGAAGUUCUUGGUUCAGUCUUGUAAUAAUUUGUUGGCUGUGGAAAUGUUUUUCCUCAGAAGUUCCAAUUCAGAUUCUGAUGUUGGGAACCCUGUGAAUUGUGGUAGCUCUGGAGGCGAUGAGGAGAUUGGUUUUAGAAUUUUCAGGAUGGAUGAAGAAGGGCAGAGGUGGGAUGAGAUGGAAAGUUUGGGGGAUCAAAUCUUGAUUCUGGGUAUGCGUCAAGCCAUUUCUGUAUCAGCUUCUGAAUUUUCUUGGGGUAGAGGAAACCUUAUAUUCUAUUCGACUGAUCUCUGCAUCUCUCCACGAUAUGAACAUUCUCAAGAGAAGGUUAUGCUUGUAUUUGAUUUAGAAGAUGGUAGUGCUAGUCCUUUAGAGAAUUGCCCUGCCUACUGUAACUUGUUCUGGCCACCUCCUGAGUGGGUAACUUCUGCAUUACAAAAUGUUGAAAGCGAGGCCGAGGCUUAUCCUUCAGUGGUUUCUCCAAGAGAAGUUAUAAGAAACUCUACUUCUUCAGCAACUUCCGCUGCAACAGAUUUUGAUUACGAGGAUCCUGAUUCGAGUUCAGCAAUCUCUACAGGGGAAGUUGGAGGUAAAUCUCCUGAAAGAAUAACUUCUGCAGGACAAGAAACCCGCAGCAAGCGUCCCUCUCCAAGUUCAAAGUCCAGCUUCAAAUUUUUUGGAUUAAAGCAUAAUCUUCUUCCCUCGACUAAUUCACACGUUAGCACCAUCGCUUUCUUGAAACCUGCAAGACAACAGGAAAAGACAAAGCAUGCAAGCUUUGGAAAUGCCCUUGCCCUUAAAGUGCUUGCUGCUCGUCUUACUUCCCUGCAAAAAUAUCAAGUUAUGGCAGGUUGGCCUCAGCUCCCACCAGAACUUCUAACCCUAAUAGCCAAACGCCUUGAAACCCGUUUUGAUGUUCUUCGAUUCCGAUCUGUCUGCUCUUCAUGGCGCUCCUCUUUUCCACCAAAAGUUUACCGUUUACCCAAACAUCUCCCACCACAAAACAAAACUCGAUAUCAGUGCUCCCUCGGCGGUAUUACCAGACACACCUUUUUCCUGGUUAGAUUGCCUGGGAGCCACGAUCAUCAAGCAGCCCCUGGUUGCUGGUUGGUCAAGAUCAGAGAUGGUACCGACCGUGUCAGAAUGCGACUGUUGCAUCCUCUUUUGGAUUCUAAGUUGAAACAUCUUCCGCCAGUUCCAGAGUUUCCUAAGGUAUUGGGUUUAACAAACUUUCAGGUCGCUGAAUUGGGUCAUGAAUUUGUUGGUCGAUGUAGUGUAUAUAUCGAACAUGACACAGAGCCUCAAUACCGUCAAUAACAAAAAGUUGCUAUCAUGCGGUCUAGUACCAACAGUGAUGAUUUUAUGAUGCUCGCCAAAUUUCAAGUCCUGCCUGUUUUGAGAUCGGGAGAAAAGGAAUGGACUCUACUUCAAAUGGGUCAAAGUGUUGAGGAUAUGAUUUCCUUCAAUGGCAAGUUCUAUGCUAUUGAGCUAGACGGAAGAAUUAUUGUCAUUGACCAAUCUUUAAGCGUUAGUUUCCUAGGACGUGUUGGCUCUCCUACUAGCGGAAAGUUCUUGGUUCAGUCUGGUGUUAAUUUGUUAGCUGUUGCUGUGUAUCCUGGUAGCCCUGUAGGCGACAAGGCGAUUAGUGUUAGAAUUUUCAGGCUGGAUGAAGAAGAGCAGAGGUGGGAUGAGAUGGAAAGUUUGGGGGAUCAAAUCUUGUUUCUGGGUAUGCGUCAAGCGAUUUCUGUAUCAGCUUCUGAAUUUUCUUGGGGUAAAGGUAACCUUAUAUUCUAUUCGACUGAUAGGGGUAUGACAGUUUUUGUAGAAAAUGGUAGUGCUAGUCCUUCAGAGAAUUGCCCUGCCUACCGUAACUUGUUCUGGCCACCUCCUGGGUGGGUAACUUCUGCAUUACCAAAAGUUGAAGGCGGGGCUUAUCCUACGGUGGUUUCUCCAAGAGCAGUUAUAAACAACUAUACUUCUUCAGUAUCUUCCUCGAGGGAAGUUGGAGGUAAAUCUCCUGAAACAAUAACUUCCGAAGGACAAGAAUCCGGCAGCAAGCCUCCCUCUCCCAGCUCAAAGUUCAUCUUCAAAUUUUGUGGUUGCUAACACUUGAUCUAAGUUUUUGGUUUUUCAAUGCUAAGUUUUCAAUUUGCUUUCAGUUCGUUGUCAUAAGCCAUCAGC